CAAACCCAAUAAAUAGCCUGACAUCUUUUUGUGUUAUCAACCCUAUCUUGGAAGAUUUAUCAUAACCCCUUACUGGUUAACCAUCUUCUCUGGUGUUGUGUGGGACCAAUCACAGUAAAAAAAUGGCGUACGCAGUGUUGAGGCGAUCGUCCAUGAUGAAGUCAAUGGCCACGGGAAUCGGCGAAUCAUGGCGGAGGUUUGCCUCGGUUGCUGUAGGGACCGAUCUGGUAGCGGCCGCUCCAAAUGUUUCUCUCCAGAAGGCUCGGAGCUGGGAUGAAGGCGUCUCCUCCCAAUUCUCUACCACCACUCUCUCGGACAUUUUCGUGGGUAAAAAAGUCGUCAUCUUUGGGCUUCCUGGUGCAUUUACGGGAGUUUGUUCUGCCCAGCAUGUUCCAAGUUACAAGAAAAACAUUGACAAAUUCAAGGCGAAAGGCAUAGAUUCGGUGAUAUGUGUAUCUGUUAACGAUCCAUAUACUAUGAAUGGCUGGGCUGAAAAACUUGAAGCCAAAGAAGUGAUUGAAUUUUAUGGAGACUUUGAUGGUAAAUUUCACAAGAGCUUGGAGUUGGAGUUGGAUCUCAGUUCUGCUUUGCUUGGGCAUCGCUCAACUAGAUGGUCAGCAUUUGUGGAAGAUGGGAAAAUUAAGGUUUUGAAUGUGGAGAAUGUUCCAUCUGACUUCAAGGUUUCUGGUGGUGAAGUAAUCUUGGGGCAGAUAUAAAGAGGUGUUAUCUUUAGUUUUAAGCUUUUAGGAGGAAACUAUUGAAUAAUGCAGAAGCAAUAUAUAUUGGCAGAAACCUUUCUUCUUCAUAUUUCUUCCAUCUAUCCCAUUUUGGAGUUGAUGCCAAUAUUGUCAUACUACUUCAGUUCAAGGCUGUUUGGUUGUUUUUUUAUUAAGUUCUCUAUGGAUAAAGUUGUUUGUG